UGACUGACUUAGUAAUCCACUCACAGCCAAUGGUGGCACGUGAAUGGCCGCCCUAUCCGACGCGGGCCCCCACACCCCACCGUGCAGACAUCAAAACAUCCCUUAAGAGGCUGCUAGUUCGCGUUAAAACAAAAACAAAAAAUGCUAUUUCAAUUUUUUAUAUAUAAAGUGACAGUUUAAUUGUGAAGUAAUUGUUAACAAGGUUUAUACAGCGAGACACUUUUGUUGUUGUUGUUGGUCGCGGCCUGGUCUAGGAGUUGCGACAUCACGAGCGGGGUUUUGGAGGGUGGCUGCCUAUUUGUAGCUCGGUGCGGCGCGUGAGAGGAGCGGUGGCGCAGCGGUUCACCGCCGCUGCCUCCGUGCCGAGUUCGCGAUUCCCGUCAGCGACGACAGCAAGUGACUGCGAAUCAUUCAACCGGGUCCCUCGCCUGCAUCGACUCCGCCUUAAAGCGACUGCCUUGUAGGAGCGGUGGCGCAGUGCUUGGCGCGCGGUGUCGUGGGCCUGCUCCUAGACACGGCUCACAUCGGUGGCGAGUGAUGUUAGUCGUGGUUAACGUCGGUGGUGGGAGAAAGAAGUCGCAAUGAAGUUGCGCGUGCGACACGGAGGAUGUACUCAGCUCCUGGAAAUAGUCAACGAGGGCGCCACGCUGGGACAGCUGCAGCAGCAAAUACGCGACAACCUCCUGGCCAGCUUUCACAUCGGACAAGAUGCGGCAUUUGAGAUAUCGCUGAAUAGAAAAGACGUGCUCAGUGAUUGGGAGACACCUCUUCAGGAGUACGGCAUCGUCUCUGGAGACCUCGUUUGGAUUCUUCUUGCGGAAGGCUCGGCUGCAACGUGCGGCGCUGGUGCAACUUCCUCAAGAGCCCGCGAUGACCAUGCUCAUGGCCUGACGAGCAGACUCCGUGGAAAUGCACCCACCGCCUUCCCUGCGUCAGUGGCAACGCCUUCGGGGAGUGAAGCGCAGCAAAGCAAAGGUGCCGCGAUCACUCAAAAGACCCUGCCGUCCGCAAGCGGUGCCAAUGAAAAUGACGACGCUGGUUCCUGGACGCGGGCGUCUCCGGCUGCCGGUCCCCCUCCUCCGCCUCUCGUCAUGCUCUGCAGCGAGUCGGAGGGCGGCCGCGUCCCUGAAGCGCUGGAGCGGGAGUACGAGCAGGCGGGCGUGGCGAGCCAGUGCGACGCACUCGCGGUGGUUCUGCAUGUGCUGAUGAUUGAAGCCGGCUUCGCAGCUGCCGCACAGGAUCGGGCAGAGUGCCAUCAGGCACAAGCAAGUCUCCCGAGUGGCCUGCCUAGAGGCUGGAGAAGGCCCGGGGUAUACACAUUAAGGUACAGCCACCCUCUCUGCCAUGGUGCCACCUGUAACCUCACCUGCAUCCCCAUGGGCCAAGCUCUGGUGGUUAAUGGCUGCGUGAACGCGUCGGGAACAACGUUAAGCAUAAGCGCACUCAAGUUGAUGCCAUCGGCGUAUGUUCUCGGCAAAGGCGCAGCCCCAGCAAAGGAGGCCUCGCACGCCUACAAAGCUCUUUCUCUGCUCUCCCGCACCUUUAAGGACCACGUAGCAUACCCAGCCUUGGCACUCAUGAGACAAGCGCUGGGGCUGCCAUGUGCUGUGGGCCUCCUGGCGCUGCCCGUGGAGCUGCAGUUGCAGGUGCUGCGCCUGCUGCCCAUCCCGGCCGUGCUCGCCGCUGCGCAGGCAUGCCGUGCCCUGUGCCUGCUUGGCACGGACCCAUCGCUGUGGCGCUCGCUCUACAUACGAGACUUCCACCAAUCCAGAAUUGACAAGCCGGGCACAGACUGGAAAAAGCUCUACAUCGAGCAGUACCAGCUGAAGAUGCGGGCACAGCGCGAAAGGCGAAACGUGCUCGUGCAACCGUGGCCCAUGCAAGAUCCAAUUCCGCUUGCACCAAACCAUCCCAGGCCUCCCUACCCCCCCGGUAUCAUCGGGGGUGCCUACGACGUCUGGCCCGACUUCGGGUUGUCGGGCGGCCCUGUGGGUCCGCUGUUGCAGAGGCAGCCGCCGCGCUGGAGGUUUGACCCAACCGACCCCUCGGGGUCUCGCCGACCUCGAUUAAAUCCUGGCCCUGGGUUGGGAGGGUUUGGGGGAUUCUUCCUGCGCUAACAGAUGUGGCUGACCGUAGGGCAUCCGGGGUGCGUAGUGUUUUUGGUCAUGUUUGCUUUUUUGUUUGUUGCACUAAAAACAUUUGCGUGUAUAAAACCUGCAAUACUCUGUACUGUUCCAAAUACCCAAGGGACUGCUGGCGCCUGUGUAGAAACUACAGACUCCGAAUGCUUUUCCCAACGUCGUCAUAACAAGCGCUGCCGUAUAAAUGAGAAAUAUAAACAGUAAUAUGCUAAUUAUUUAGGCAUUAGCUCUUCUGAACAAUAACCUUUUCCUGAAACAACGUUGGCUUGUUUUAUUAUUUUUUUAAUUGUAAGAUGGGCACUGUGUUCUUUGGCACUUUUUGUUAAGUAGCUGUUCUCAUGGCAGAAGCUGGUUUCUGUCCCAUCGGAUGACAUCAAUUAAAUUUUCAUUGUACUUUAUUGUGCUUUGUAUUAUUACACGGUCAGCAAUUGAAACGUGACCGCCGAUGUAUAACUGCUUUCCAUGUAAAUUUUGUAAAGAGCUACAGAAUUUGUGAGAUGUACUGUAGAAUAUCUAUGGGUUUAACACUUUUUAUGUUAAAUGCUGGAAUCCGAAUGUAAGACAGUAAUUAAAAAUGAGCGUCAUGUCUUUUGUGAAAUGUGUUGCUCUUCCAACUUGCUAGUGAGCUGAAA